AUGGCUACUUAUCAACUUCCAGAACUCAACGGCGAAGAAGUCUUUUCCAUCCUUAACGGAUUUGAAUUUAACAACAUCACCGAGUCCGCCCACUUCUUCGACCAAAUGAUCUUUGAAUACUCGAAGUUCAUGCAACCAUUCCCGGCCCAAGUAACAUCCCCUGUUGCUUCCCGAUCGCCAAGUCCUUCGAAGUCGUUCAAAAUGAAAACUACUCGAGCUUCCCGAUCUUCACCAGUGUCGCCGAUUUCUCCGUAUCAAGCUCCUACCUCACCAGACACGGAACUGAUCACAGAUGAUGCCAUUGACAGCAUGCGGCUUGCGAUUCGACGACUUCGAGUAAAACUUGGACUCACUCAAGCUCAAGCAGCAAAAGAGAUGACAUCAAUAACUGGCCGAAAAACGUCUCAAACAUCUCUCUGUCGAUUCGAAAACAACCAGCUCCACAAGAACAACAUGCGCACUCUUUACCCUGCUUUCAAGCUUUGGCUUGAAUACCACGCUGUAUCUGUCUACUGA